GCACCCCGUGUCUAUUGAGAAUGGUGUAUGGGGAUAACCUUUUCCCCCGGAGCCAUUACAGAACAGAACAGAACACCCCGUGUCUAUUCCGUUGACGACAUCACUAAGAUUGGUCGGACAUUGAACAGCACCAAAUGGAUAUUGGUGGACAUUUUUCAUAAACAUCGUAGCAAAAAUACUAUUGAAAGAUUGCCUUUACGAGAGCGGUUUCUAAUCAAUUUAUAAUUUGUUUCUCGAAUCAAUAUGUCUAAAAAGUUAUCGCGAACAACCGUAUAAUAUUUUCCAGAAAAUAUGAUACAGUGUCAGCAUUUUUUGUAGACGUUGCGUUCAAAAGCAAUUAAUAAGCUGGAUAAAGUAAAAAAGAUGUCACGUUAUCAUUCCGAUGGCAAAGUCUAUGUGGGAGAUCUAGGAAGUAAUGCUAGUAAACAAGAACUGGAAGAUGCAUUCUCCUACUAUGGAUCUUUGCGAAAUGUCUGGGUUGCUCGACAUCCUCCUGGAUUUGCCUUUGUUGAAUUUGAAGACCCUAGAGAUGCUGAAGAUGCAGUAAGAGGGCUGGAUGGUCGUACUAUAUGUGGGAGACGUGCUCGUGUGGAGUUAUCUAAUGGAAAAAGAUUAAGAGACAGGGGUUCCAUGAGAAGAGGUGCUGCAAGGGCUUUCCAUCCAGAAGACAGAUGUUACGAAUGUGGUGAGAGAGGCCACUAUGCUAGAGACUGUCCCCGUCAUAGGAGUUCACGCAGAAAGAGGAGUUGCGGCUGAUCGCAGGCAUACGCAUUGAGAAAUGUGUGUGUCGCUGCCGACAUUGUCGCGAGAUUCGCCUUGGGUUCACUUUGUGACACACACCGCGUAGUUACAGCGUAGAGCACCCACCUACUUUGGGGUUUCCCUCUGCACAUUCUGCGAGAGCGAGAAACGGCAAAAACACGCGCGAGCCGGCUAGUUCUGGGCACUACGGUACCGAUCCGCUGAGCAUCACCCUAGACCGAGAGUUUAUGCACGUCGGCACACUUCUGGCGUACUUCGUUCAGCUAUCCGUGAUUUCUGCGAUAAUCGUCGUCGUCAUGGUCGUCAUCGUCGUCGUCGUCGUCGUCGUCGUCAUCAUCAUCAUCAUCGUCGUCGUGGUCGUCGUCCUGGUCGUCGUCGUCGUCGUCGUCUUCGUCGUCAUCGUCGUCAUCGUCGUAGUACCUAACUGGCCACUGAGAGACAAACUUUUCAGCGGCCCUGUUUAGCCACUUUUCGUCCGUUCACCCGACUCUCUCGUGAUUUCAUCUGCAUAAAGUGCUCAUCCGCUCCUCUCUUCCCGGCGCAUAGCCGCAUCGCGUGCUCCACGAUUGUCUGCUAUAAGCGGCCGCGGAAGAUGGUAUAUAAAUCAAAUAGUCAAAUAUAUAUUCUACGUGGAAUUAACGUAAUUCGAUUAUAGUGGCAGUGGUUGAGCGUAUUUUAAACGUACAAAUCGCACGCAUUAUGCGUGAAAGCAGCAUAGUCACGCGUCUAUAUGGGGAUGUUAAGAAAAUGUCAGGGCCAAAUUUCAAGGAUCUCUUUAGCCCCGGGUGUUCUUUUAACGCUUUGUAUAUUCGCGGGCAGUUAGACGGGCAUAUCCGAAAGGUUUGCACUUUCACGUUAGAUUAUGCAAUUCAAAGUACAUGUGUGUUUUAACAAUUAACUCGACUAGCACUAUAAUAUUUUGUAACAUAUAGGAACACAACUUGACAAUUUACAUGUUAGAAAAUUAGGUAACUAUAUUAUAUAUUUGUUGCACUACGUAAUAAUUUGCGAUUACAAGAAUCUUACGAUUACAAGAGACUUGUGGUCAGUUACUUUAAAUGGUCCGUUAGGCUAUGAUAUCAGAAACGGGAAAUCUUGCAUUAUUUCUCGUUUCUAGCAUCAUAAUUCAAUUUAACCACGGUGACUAAUCAGGAUUCUUAAUAUCGAAACGCGACACAACUACAUUCAGCAUAUUUUCAGUAUAUUUUUCUGAGCAUUUUUUGCAGGCUUGGUAGGUAUGUGCAGUAGGUAUGCGUCCACAAAAGGACGCUAGUUUUAUCAGUAUUGAUAAAAAUGGGAAGCUAUGAAUAAGUUUGGGACUAUUUCUCCGUGGCUUAAAGACAAAAUCACAUUAUUAUCUAAUCUUGCCUUCUAAAGUAUAUAACUGCAAAACGUGUUUCGUGUUCUGUAGUAGUGAACAAACAAAGUUAUCUUUAUUAUAACGCAUGGCCAUUACUUUAACGCUUCUAUUUAUUAUGAUCUUUA